AUGUCUAACGAGAAGAGAAACGAAGAGAAUAGCGAGGAUCAGGCGAAUGAGGAUGCUACGGGCGAGCUGAAGAAGGCACCCGAUGUCGAACAAAGCCUGCCCUCUUCCACGGGCGGUCAAAAUGUUCCCAACCCGAAUGAGGUGGAUUGGGAUGCGCCCGACGAUCCUCAUAAUCCGCGCAAUUGGCCUGCCUGGAGACGAGCGAUGCUCGUCGGCAUGAUUACCUCUGUUAAUAUAGCCGCUGUAGCUAUUGCCCCGGCCAUUCCCCUCGUGUUGAAAGAGUUCGGCUCAAAUAAUCAGGAACUUGUCAUCUUAGCAGUUACGAUCGAGCUCCUGGGCACCAGCGUAAGACCCGUAUUCAUGGGCCCUAUGUCGGAGGUAGUUGGUCGUCGUAUCAUUUACAACUGUGCGAAUUUAGCAUUCUGCGGAUUCACGAUUGGAUGUGCCUUAGCACCAACCCUAGCUACGACCAGUGGGCCAUGGAUGAUCAAAUCUGCCGUAUUCUACUGUCGAGUGGAUCCGACAAAUCUGUCAUUAAUGACCACGGGUUGGCUCUUCCUCACUUGUUUUGUCCUCAAACCUAACUAUGUGACAGCGCUUGGUGUUGGCACUUUCUACAUGGUUUCCACUAACCUCGAAGUAUGCUUGCCUUCCUCGGCCUCUUCUUUCUUCCGCGAGAUUUCGAUCCAGCCAGUCCAUCUGCUUCUGUGCGCCCCUGGAGGCACCCCGAUCGCCAUGAACUGCAAGAUUCCCGUCCGGACUAGCUCCGCUGGGGACGCUGUCCAACUCCUUCUUCGGUUCUCCUUCGGCGGAAGGUGUGGUAAUGAUGUUGUUGUUCUCAGAGGUGUCUCAAUUGAACAUCGUCCCCGAGAGGGACUUGUGGGCUGCGAUAGUGUCACGGAUAGCUUGGAAAAGUUCUCUGACUGA